UAUUAAAUAGUGAGAUUUUUGCAGAUUGAUUUUUUAUGCCAUCUACUGGACUCCUAAGGUUCUUGCACAUUUUAGAAAUGAGAAAGGUCAAUACAGCUGAGGAAACACAAACCAUUUCAGUCUGGUUCUUCUGUCUGGAAUACUCAGCCCCUAAACCAUGUAAUUACUAAGUGGAGAUGACCACACUAAUUGCCAUAAUUAUUGUUUUGAAGAGAAUGGUUAAAUCUUGUUUUUUCAUUUUCAGUCAGACAAUAAUUUGUCUCCUUACCUCACAGAACAAACAGCUCUUCAUUCAGCCUGCGUGUGAGUCUGUGAGGAAGCUCAGUUCUGAUCUAAAGCACUGGUGCAUGUGCUCUAUAUCUGUUAAGCAUUAAAUGUUUUUAAUGACUUAAUAACACUGAUAAUGAAUCAAAACACACAUACUGUGAAUACAGACGUACUCAAACUCAGACAAUAAAUUGAUGAAAACAAUUAGCAGCUCAGUUGACCAUAAUGAUUCAUGUCUAUAUAUGACGCGGUAUAGACAAAUUGAGACACAUUACACACCAUAUGUGUCACGGCUACAGCAACCUGAUAUUAUAAGAGAGCAUGCACCAGUUUAAAAAGCAAAGGGGAAAAGACGCUAAUAGUAUGCACUUCUGCUCUGCCUCGAAUAUAACCAGGAUGAAGUUUCAGGUCAUCUUUUCGAUGGCUGGUCUUCUCAGCAUUUGCACUUGUGCUCCUAUCUACCAGCCACAAAUUGGAAUAAUUGCAAGUAACAGUAAUGAGGUUUUGCGUCUCAAUGGACUCACUCUGGCAGGUGUGGGUUUGGGUCCAGCACAGGGAACUGCUUUUUUCCCUCCCUUCCUGUUUCAGCAGCAGCCCCCACAGGUGCUGAACUUCAACCCUGGGAUGCAGGGACCCUUCCUGCCCCCUCAAAUGAACCAGCUGAACCCAGCACAGUUGCCCCCAUUGCUGCAGGAGCAGCCUAUACCUGGCAUCGGUCCCAACUAUGGCAUACCAACACAGAACCUUCCCCCGGGAUUUCCAUUCUUCCUGACUAAUCUAUAUCCUCCGAGGAACACUCCUGUAAGGCUGAUACCCAACCAGAACGCUGGCCCAAGUAUUCAAGGCCAGGACAGGAUGCAACCAAUGCAGCCAGUGCAACCAUUGCAACCAAUGCAGCCAGUGCAACCAAUGCAACCAAUGCAGCCAGUGCAACCAAUGCAACCAAUGCAGCCAGUGCAACCACUGCAACCAAUGCAACCAAUGCAGCCAGUGCAACCAAUACAACCAAUCCAGAACAGGGGAAAGUCAGACCAGAAGGUAACGUCUGCUCCUGAUUACCGUGGUGAUCGGCCUGGUCCGGGAACUGGAGAGGGGCAUCCUGGGUUCUCAUUGUUUGAGCCAUAGGCUCAGAAGAUUUCAUUAUUAAAAAGAUAUCCCACCAUGGAGACCCCUCACAGGAGACAUUUUUGUUCAACUUGGACAUAUUACCAAAUAAAUAAAAGAUG